AUGAGCGGUGACUGUUUGGAUAACGUUAUCCUUGGACAACUUCCGAAAAGAAUCAUUUUAGGUUUUGUUGACAACAAAGCCUUCAACCGGGAUCGAAAGAUGAACCCAUUCAAUUUUCAAAAUUAUUCUAUAAAUUUUUUGUCGUUAUACGUUGAUGGUGUACAAGUUCCUAGUAAACUGCUGCAACCGACUUUUACAGGUAACACACUUAUGUACGUGGAAGCAUACCAUACUUUAUUUUUGGGCACCAGAAUCUACUACAUGAACGAGGGAAACAGUAUUCACAGAAAAGACUAUCCCAAUGGGUAUUGCCUGUUUGCAUUCGAUCUUACACCUGAUCUCUCAUCACAUAUUGCAGGUCUUUGGACUUUAGUAAAAAAUGGAACAGUACGAAUAGAGGUGCGUUUCGAGACAGCUCUCACGAAAACUAUAAAUUGCAUUUUGUAUGCUGAAUUUCACAACAUAUUGGAAAUAGAUUCAAAUCGUCAAGUAGUUGUAGAUUUCAACUCAUAA